CAGAAGGGAGGAGGAGACCCCUGCCCUAUCCUUCUUCUGGGAGAGCCGGAAAGGAAGGCUGGAAAUAACCAUUGGAAGAUGGUGGCCAUGAAGACCUUCUCUCUGCUGCUGGUGUCCCUGCUCCUGGCAUUGGUGCUAGGAGAGAAGGAAGAAGGUCACUCCAGGUUCCACACUAAGGCCAGCGGCUCCCAACCACGAGGUCCCAGGUACGCCGAGGGCACUUUCAUCAGUGACUAUAGUAUCGCCAUGGACAAGAUCCGCCAACAAGAUUUUGUGAACUGGCUGCUGGCACAGAAGGGGAAGAAGAGCGACUGGAAACACAACAUCACCCAGAGGGAGGCCCGGGCCCUAGAGCUGGCCCAUCAAUCUAACAGGAAGGAGGAGGCAAGGGAGCAGCAGGGCUCCCUACCCAAGAACCCCAGUGAUGACGGUUUGCUAAAGGAUUUACUGAUUCGAGAGCUGCUGUCCUGGAUAGUGGAUCAGAUGGAGCUCUGCAGGCUCAGGUUUCAGUGACUCUGACCAAACCCAGCUCAGAACUGGACUCUGUCCUUCACUUACUCAGCUCCUGCCUCAGCUCCACCCCCGGACACACCAAAGAAACCAAACUAAGUUCAAGCUGAAAUAAAUCUUUGUGCCCAUUGUCAAAA